AUGCUGCCCCUCUUUCGUGUGCGUGAGACCGCGGGGGUAGAAACGCAGAGGAACGCGGAUGGGAUCUGGAUCCCGCAGCCGGCUCACCGGCUGACGUGUCCCCCCGGCCUCGAGUAUCUCUCCGUGGUCGAUCACGUGAUCAUCCAGCAGAAGGUGGAACUCGUGGAAGCCUUCACGGGUUUCGAGACGGCCAAUAAAUACUCGGUGAAGAACAGCCUGGGGCAGUUGGUGUACGUGGCGGUGGAGGAGUCGAACUGCUGGAAUCGGAAUUGCUGCGGGGCGAAUCGGCCGUUCGGGAUGAAGAUCCUCGAUAAUCGGUGGACGGAGGUGAUGUACCUUUAUCGGCCGCUCAAGUGCGACUGCUGCUGAGUCGCAUCGCCAACACGCUCAGUAAACAACAACAAAUUUCAGGAGCUGGAGAUAUACGCCCCGCCGGGUGCGCUGAUCGGCAAGGUGGAGCAAGUGUUCAGCCUCCUCACCCCCCAGUUCCUGGUGAAGGACGCGGCCGGGAACCGCAUCGCUACCAUCUCGGGUCCACUUGUCACUUGGAGCAUCUGCGGGGACGUCAAGUUCAAGGUGAAGGCCACGGACGGGAGAACGAUCGGAAUCAUCAGCAAGCAGUGGUCGGGACUCGUGAAGGAGAUCUUCACCGACGCGGACAACUUCGGCGUGGCCUUCCCCAUGGACUUGGACGUCCACGUGAAGGCCAUCGUCCUGGCAGCCACCUUCCUCAUCGAGUUCAUGUUCUUCGAGGGUCCGAGCUGAGUCCUACUCGUCGCCUGCCUUCCGCAAAGGAACGUUUCUGUCCAGAACGGAAUAAAUUCAUUAUUUUCUUCCGUGCUCAUAUUGGCCAUGGUGUAUGUUAUACGAAAUCGGUGACGUCAUCAUCUACCCCCAUGCGAGAGUGUGAGGACGA